CUUUUUUAGUCAAACUUUGGCAGACAUGUUGGAGCAGUGCAGCAUUCCUGUAUAAAGUGGAGCGCACGCGCCGUUAAUUCGCCGGUUUCCGGUCGUUGCUGUGACAACCACGAGGGAACCAGUCACGUUAGCUUGUUUAGCGGGCUAACAGCUUGCUAACUGCGGAUUUCCCCAACAUUUGGCUUCACAAUGAUAACUCCUGCUUUCGAGCUGAGCCAAGAUCCAGAAUUUCUGACCCUCAGCGCCCGUGUUCCCUUCACCAGAACCUCUGAGUUUGACCUCUUUAUUGAUGGCACAGAUCUGAAGUUUUACGCUAAACCCUAUUUCCUAAGAUUAACUCUUCCUGGAAGAAUUGUGGAGGAUGGCAGAGAAAAAGCCACAUUUGACAUCGAUAAAGGACUUUUCACUCUGCGGAUCCCAAAGGAGACGGCAGGAGAACAUUUCCAGGGGCUGCAGAUGCUCACGAGCCUCCUGGCUCCCAAAGGCUGGCGUUCGGCCAAACCUCUGGUGGAGGACUUGAGCGCGGAAUGCAGUGGCAACGCAGGAGGCCACGAGGAGGACGAGGAGGAAUUCGACUGGCAGGUUGAGCAGCAGGUUUACACGGAGAAGUCGGAGGAAGAGCUGGGUCUGCUGCAGAAGUACGGCUUUGCCAAUCUAAGGUGUGGCGUGUUCCAUCGACUACAGGAGGAACUGUGCGAGGUGAUCGACCUGAAGAACCCAGAGGCCACAUCUGCAGCGGAGCGGCGGCGGGCUCGGCUGCAGGCGGAAGCCUCGGCGUUCUCCUCUGACCAUUACCUGGCGGAUUUGUUUGAAGAUGAUGAAAUAAAAAGGCUUCUGAAGUUCAGACCCUGGUGGACAAAACUGAGGGUCUCCACAGAGCAGGAAGAGGAACAGGCCGUGUCAUUCAGCGAGGAAGAGCGGGAGCAGCUGAGGAGGUUCACCAACCGAUCCUACCUGCUGGACAAGACGUCCCGCCGCCAAGCCUGGCUCAGCCUGGUGGACAUCCUGCUGGCUUUCUGCUACGAAGUGCGCUCCACAGAGGGAGAGCACAGUGUGGAGUCGCCGUGGACGAUCAGGAAACUCAGUGGAACUCUGAGCUGGCUGGAAACCUACAGCUCCCUGCAGGACGUCUUGGUGUCGUUCGGACGGCGGGUUUCGUGCUUCCCCCUCUACAGACACUUUGCCUUGGUCACCUCAGCGAUUCGCGAUGCAGCCAAGAUUUUUCAGUCAGGGAAGGCCUGCGUCCUCAAAUGCAUGCUGGAAAUCCACAAAGUCUUCCGCCAGAACGAGCCGGCCUACAUCCUGAACGACCUGUACAUCACAGACUACUGCGUCUGGAUCCAAGGGGUCAAGUCCAAGAAGGUGGGAUCAUUGGGGACAGCGCUCCAGAAAGCCGUGUUGCAGAAAAAAGACUUGGAGUUGGAGCUGGAUGAGCUGGAGAGCGCAGCAGCGAUGGUGUUGGAGGAGGAGGAGGAGUCUUCCAGCAGCGCCUCCUCUAGUGAGAGUGAUGACUCUGACGAUGAAAGCUGCCCUGAAACCACGGAGGGUGGGGAGACGUGUAAGGACAGCCCUCUACAACCGCCCUCCUCCAUCUGUCCCAUCCAUCACAGCUCCACCGACGCAGUCCUCUCAGAGGAGAGGAGGAAGGUGGAUGCGCUCCCGUCAGCCCCGGAGGACUGCAGACAGCUGAUCCAGGAGCUGCGGCUCUCUCCAGAGCCGAGUGAGGCGUCGGCGGACGGCGGAGCGUCUGCCGGGAAUCCACCGGAGCCGAGCCCUCCCAGGAACUUCACCGUGGAGACAACAGAACCUCCUGCAGACGCCUUCAUCCAAAUCUGAUCCUUCUAUCAGGACAUGGAAGAACUUGUUUCUUUUUCAGGUUUCUUCAUCUGGAUGUUCUGUUUGUUGACGACAGAAAGUUCCUAGUAAAUAUUUUCUGACUUCA